AUGAAGUACUUUGUGAUCUGUGUUUUAGCUGCAAUCGUUCUUUUCCAGGCGGCAUCGGGAUUCAAGCGGCGAGUGAUCUAUGUGGUACCAGCCACCACAACGACCACAACGGCAGCACCAUUGAACGCCACGGCGACCGAAGCUCCUGAGGUGGCUUACAAGGUGGUCUUCUGUUCCUGGAAGAACAACUGGUGUCGUCCCGCCUCGAAAACCGUGAACAAUUGCAAGUGGGGCAUCUGCAAGUUCAAUGGAUAAAACUCAAUAAAAAAAACGUUGAUAAUGUU